AGAAUGGAGGGCCGAAAGGAGAGAGGGGGGACAGGCGCGUGAAAAACACAGCUUUCUUCGUACCCUCUCGUUUGGCCUCCUCGGUUUUUGCCAUGGUCACAGUACCCACACUCUCUCUGCUAUUGGCCCUGGUAGAAUGGGCGGGUCAGACUAGCUCCUCUCCUCAUCUCUUGCUCCGGCCCCGAGAGCGUGAACGGGACCCGGUGGCAUCAAUGCACUUCAACAUCGCAGUGAUCCACGCGGGCUCAACGGUUCAACAAGGGGAAGCAGGGGCUGCAGCAGCUGCGGGUAGGGUGCCAUACCCGGGCUUCGGACGUGUGCACAGCAGCUUCGGUGAGAGCGUCGUCACCCAGUGGGGAUCCGCAAAUGUAAUCUGGCUCCAGGUGAAUGACAGCAGCCCCAGGACGCUGCUCUCUCAGCUGUGUGACUUGCUGGCAGCCAGACCCCUUCAGGGACUCGUGUAUGAAGAUGAGAGACCCCUCCCGCUGGCCUCUGGCCCCCUGGCCCCCAUGCUGGAGUUCGUUUCAGCCCAGACCGGCCUCCCCAUUGUUGCUGUGGGAGGGGGAGCGGGUCUGGGCAGGGUACCACAGGAGACCGGCUCAAUCUUCCUGCAGUUCAGCUCUUCCACCGCACUCCAGUUGGAGGUGAUCUUUGAGGUGCUGGAGGAGUAUGAUUGGACGGCCUUCUCGGUGGUGUCCACACGUCACCAUGGCUACCAGGACUUCCUGUCAGUAGUGGAAGGUUUGACCGACGGGUCAUUCAUUGGCUGGGAGAAGAAGAGCGUAGUGAUGUUGAAUUUAACCGAUGAUCCGGGAGGAGCACGCACACGGCGGCUGCUGAAAGAAAACGAAGCACAGGUGCGGUUGUUGUACUGCUCUCAGGAGGAAGCAGAACAGGUGUUCCAUGCUGCUUGGGCAGCUGGUCAGGCCAGCGCCUCUCACAUAUGGUUCGCGGUGGGUCCGGCUUUGUCCGAGCUGGGCCUGACCGGACUACCCAGUCGGCUGUUUGCGGUCAGACCACAGGGCUGGAGGGACGAGCCCCGCAGACGUAUCGCCCGUGGGGUGUCCAUUCUUACUCAUGGAGCUGUCGCGUUGCGUAAGGACUACGGAGCCACUGGAGGGCCGCACUUUGUCACUAACUGUCAGACGGAUGGCAACGGAACACAGAGGAUCCGCGGUAGAAUGAAGUAUUUCAGUAACAUCACGCUCGGUGGGCGGGACUAUUCAUUCAAUAACGAGGGCUACCUGGCCAAUCCCUUUCUGGAUGUCAUCUCCUACACGCCUGGGAGUGGCUGGGAAGACGUAGGAUGGUGGGAGAAUGGGGUGUUACGUCUGAGGUACCCUGCUUGGUCUCGAUAUGGUCCCUUCCUGCAGCCGCCCGAUGAUGCUCAGCACCUGAGGGUCGUGACCCUGGAGGAGCGGCCCUUCGUUAUCGUGGAGCUUGCAGACCCUGCCUCUGGAAGCUGCAUUAGAGACUCUGUGCCAUGCAGACGGCCUCUCAAUGCCAGUGCACUUCAGGAAGGGGUGGCACCCAUGAAACAGUGCUGCAAGGGAUUCUGCAUCGACAUCCUUAAGCGAUUGGCCAAAAUUGUCGGCUUCACCUAUGACCUCUACUUGGUGACCAAUGGGAAACAUGGGAAAAAGAUUGAUGGAGUUUGGAACGGGAUGGUGGGAGAGGUUGUGUACAAGCGGGCAGACAUGGCGAUCGGCUCUCUCACUAUCAACGAGGAGAGGUCAGAGGUCGUGGACUUCUCUGUGCCCUUUGUGGAGACGGGCAUCAGCGUCAUGGUCUCUCGCAGUAAUGGAACCGUCUCUCCCUCUGCUUUUCUUGAGCCGUACAGCCCUGCUGUGUGGGUGAUGAUGUUUGUAAUGUGCCUGACCGUGGUGGCAGUGACGGUUUUCAUCUUUGAGUUCUUCAGUCCAGUGGGGUACAACCGUAGCCUUCAGAGUGGCAAGAAGGCUGGAGGUUCUAAGUUCACAAUAGGGAAGUCAAUCUGGCUUCUUUGGGCUCUGGUCUUUAAUAACUCCGUUCCAGUGGAGAACCCCAAAGGAACCACUAGCAAGAUCAUGGUUCUUGUCUGGGCUUUCUUUGCUGUCAUCUUCCUGGCUAGCUACACUGCCAACCUGGCUGCCUUCAUGAUCCAAGAGGAAUACAUUGACACUGUGUCUGGCCUCAGCGAUAAAAAGUUUCAGCACCCCACAGAUCAGUACCCCCCUCUGAAAUUUGGAACGGUCCCUAACGGAAGCACAGAGAAAAAUAUCCGCAGUAACUAUCCAGACAUGCACCAGUACAUGAUCAAAUACAACCAGAGAAGUGUGGAGGAUGCCAUCUCCCACCUCAAGACUGGUAAACUGGAUGCCUUAAUCUAUGAUGCGGCUGUAUUAAACUACAUGGCUCGUAAAGAUGAAGGCUGUAAAGUAAUGACCAUCGGCUCAGGGAAAGUAUUCGCCACGACUGGUUAUGGCAUCGCCCUGAUCAAGAACUCCCGCUGGAAACGGCCAUUGGACCUGGCCUUACUGCAGCUGGUGGGCGACGAUGAGAUUGAGAUGCUAGAGCGUCUCUGGCUCUCAGGGAUCUGUCAUAAUGAUAAAAUUGAGGUGAUGAGCUCCAAACUAGACAUAGACAACAUGGCUGGUGUCUUCUACAUGCUACUGGUGGCCAUGGGCCUAAGUCUGCUGGUCUUCGCCUGGGAACACCUGGUUUACUGGAGGCUACGGCACUGCAUGAGCAAAAUGGGCCAGUCUGGCAAACUGGACUUCCUACUCGCCUUCAGCAGGGGAAUGUAUAGCUGCUGCAGUUUUGAAGAUGAAACUGCACAAGGUGGGGCUAAAGUCACAGUUCCUGGCCACCAUCAUACUGCCAUGGUUCCUGCUUCUUCCUCACAUGUGGUCACUUCAGCUGUAUCCACUUCAGCCAUUGCCAUGGUGCAGCAACAGCAGCAGCAGCAACCACAACAGCCUCAACCUCCUCAGUCUUACAAAACACCUCUUCCUGGAUCCCCUCCCACAAUUGUUCAUUCUGGAGCGACCUUGGGUCCCACAAAUACUCAACUUGUAGGAGCUCCACUACCAUGCACUACUUUCUUACCCCGGCCAGAUCGCAGGUUGGCGGUUGUGGACCGCUGGAGACUACCCAAAACCACUAGUGCCACGACCUCCAUGGGUGUGAGAGGAGCUCUAGCAGAAACAGGACCCCUGCCUCAAAAGGUGGCACCUACCUGGGCAGGUGGUGGAGGUGCAGGUAGUGGUCUAGAUGGAUAUAAGCGCUACUAUGGACCUAUUGAUCCAGAGGGACUUGGGCCAUGUGUGGACCAACAGACAGGCUCUCAAACUCCCAAAGCAGUCCCCAGAGCCCACCAACAACCCCCACCAACUAGUGUGGUUUUCUAUCAGGAGAAGGGCAUGGACCAUGGCAUGGGGAAGAAGGUGGGAGCGGGUACUGGUGGAGGGGGUCAGGGUAGAGGGGUUAAAUCUCUGGGGACUCCCAGGCUUCCUCCUAAAGGCCAGGCCCCAGCCCCACUGACACCUAACCCCCCGCUGCAGCACCCCUCUCCCCAUCUCCCUUCAUCCUUCUGGAGGAAACGGCGACCAAAAAAGCCCAAAGAACCUGGUGGCCCAUUGUACGAGAACAUCCUGGCACUGGGCCGGAGAGGUGGAGGCAGGGAAGCGAGUCGAAGACCGAGACCCUCUCCUCCUCUCCCCAUCCCCGUGCCAGUCACACUUUCCCCAAGCUACACUCCUCCAUCCCCCUCUCCCUCACUACCCUACACCUCCACAUCAUCCUCCUCAUCCACCACCAGCUCCUCAACCACAUCCUCAGCCACAUCCUCACGCUCCACCUCUCCUUCAUCCACUUCCACAGCUUCAUCUCGUAGCACCAGAGACAGAGAGGCUGAGGAAGAGGAUGAGGAGGAUUUGGAUGAGCUGACCGAAGAGUCUAGUCUUCUGCAGGGCCACAACAGAACCAGGGACCGAGAGCGGUCCAUACUUUCCCCUAGAUCUCUCACUCAUGGACUUCCCCCUCCUAUACCCCCACGCAAACCGUGGGGCACCUUUGGAGACAGGGAGCAUAAGAAGGACAGAGAGAGAGAAAGGGGUGGCAGUCAACUAGCACAGCUCCAGGAAUGGUGGGCAGGAUGGGCAGAGAGAGAGAGGGACAGGGAGAGAAGUGGUGGAGCCCAGGGAGAUACAGAAAGGAAAAGAGAGAAGAAACGUAGGAAAGAGAGGGAAAAGGAGAAAAAGAAAAAGAAGAAGAAAAACAAAAAACGAAAAAAGAGGGAGGAGCGUGAAAGAGAAAGAGAAAGAGAAAGAAAGCGUCGUAAGGUAAAAAAGAAGAAAAAGAAGGCAAUGAAAACAAAAAAGAAGAAGAAGGUGCCAUCCGGCAAGCGGUCGGAGCCAGAGGAGGGUGAUGUUGAGGCAGAGAGAGAUGGAGAGGGGGAUGGGGAUAGAGAGGGAGAGUACUCGUCAUUUUCCACUCAAUAUCGCAGUGGAUUUGUGGACAAAGGCAGCCUUUCAGCUUGGGAGGGAGAGAGAGAAAGAGGGAGGAGAGAUGGAGGUGAGGAUGACAGGGAUGAACGAGAGGAUGAAAGUGGGGGAGGUAGAGGCAGAGAAAGAAGACCCAAAAGCUCCCAUUCACGACACCGACCAUCCAGUAAACGCUAUCCCAACCUCAACAAACUCCCCUCUUCAGUUAAAUUCUGGGUCAGUGGAGGUGAAGCAGGUGGCACGGAGGCCUCCGGACCCUCCCCUCCCUCCUCUUUACAUACACUCCUCUCCUCGUCCAAGAGACGGAGGAGUAGUGGGGUAGAGAGAGAGGAAGAAGGGAGAGUAGGAGAACGCAAGCCACUGCUUCUCCACUAUGAAAGGGGGCGAGUUAACACAAGAGAAGGCUUGUCCUUCCAUGAGUGGGACUCUGAGGAUGAGGAGGAAGAAGGGGAAGAAGAGGAGAGAGAGAGAGAACGAGAAAGAGAGAGAAUAGAGGAGAGAGUGCGGCGGGCAGGGAGAGGUGCAGUGUCAGAGUCUGAACGGGAUAGAAUCAGAACAGAAGAAAGCUUUUCCGAUGAGGGGUCCUCAGGAGAGUUUGGCCAUUUUGAGAGAUACUGGGAAGGAACUGGAGCGGGUGAAGCUAGUGGAAUUGGGGGUGGGGGCUGUUUUUUUGGAACAUAUCCUGCUCGAGAGAAAGGUGGAAGUGUCAACAGUAGAGAUGACUCUAUUUUGGGUCGGGCAGAAGGAUGGGGAUUGGCAGGUGAUUUUUGGGGUUCGGGUCCAGGGAUUGGAUGGGGAUCUGGAGGAGGCAGUGGAGGGCUAGGUUCACAGUGGCCACCCCCUCCCACUUCCCUGCCACCACCACGGCGCUACUGGUCAGUCGACAAACUACAGAUGAAGGGUGAGAAGCGAAGCCGCAGUGGGUCAAAGAGCAAAGGUCAGAGGUCUCGGGAGAGAAUGCAAGACGCAGCAUCAUGUACGUGUACACAGUAUGGGCACGGUAGGCCCCACAUACACCACAAACACAGCAGCACUCAGUCUCACAGCCAGGAGGAUCUGCUUCCCCACUGCCACAGCUUCAGUGGAAGCUCUCGGCCCAAACCACCCCCUAAACCUGACAAAUCCAAAUCCGGAAGCCAGUCCAACCUUAGCUCCCAGCAAGCCCAGCUCUCCGAACACAUACCCCAUCCAUCACCCUCCCCACCUCAGCCACUCCUGCCCUCAUUGCCUCUACCUUCUGCUCCCAACUCCCUACCCAUGCCCAUUCCUCCACCUCCAUCCUCUGCAUCCAUGUCCCCUCCACCUGUGCUCUCUCCCGGGGCUGCUUCCGGCUCCUCCCAGGCAGCCACCGCCAGCGCUAAGCUUCAGUACCAGAGACUUCGGUCGGUGCCCCAGCCAAGGCGAUUCUACUCCCCACACCUGCCACUCAAAGCCAAGAGUUUGUGCUCACGUCGUGGUUCUGCCCAUUUCUCCAGCCUAGAAAGUGAAGUAUGACACGGGGCUUCGCUGCUGCGCGUGUAUGUGAGCUCUACUGUGAAGCGCAGCUGGAGUGUGAUGCACAUACAUGUGCCGCACCAAGACGAGGAAAACAUCCACGACAGUGACCAGAGCAGCAAAGAAACAACAGUCAAAGCAGGAAAUGGCUCAACAAAUUCUGCCACGGUCACAAUGGAUACUCCAGCCGUGCUCCAUCUUCGGUCUGAGUUGAGUAUUACGAUGUCCUCCGUGCUCCUCUCUUCCAAUGAGAACAGUGGAUAGCAAAUGUCUGGGAUUUUCUGAAUGCUGAACUUCCUGUCUCAUUCUCAGUGGUUCACUGGAGCUGUCGAUCAGGCCUCAGAGUCCUUACGUAUGAGCAACACGGCUGUCAAGACACCCAUCUGUCCAAACAGCCAAGGAUUGAUUGCAUAGAAUAACAAGAGCCUUGAGAAGAAGUGAGAGGAAGAGAGGGGAGGAAGAGGAGAAACCAUACUGCCACAUUUACAGACGUUUGUCUUCUCCCCGUUUAUAAAUCCUCUUGUUAGUCCUUAACCCCUCGCUUGCAUAACCCGUCCAUCCUUCUCCCAGUCUUCUUCUCUGUGUCUUGUUCUCUCCAACCCAACUGGUAGC